GAGAAGCGCAGGCUUGCGCCUGCUGUUCUGGUCUCGGGUGGGAAAGCAAAAGCCGAACGCCCACCACGAGAUGACGGUCCAAAGUUAACACGGGUUAAUUAAUCCGUGCUUAACACCGUUCAGUUUUUUUCCCUUCACUGUUGGAGUCCACACAAUCUUUCUUCAAGUCCGGGGGAACAAGUGAUUUACACAUAUGCCCUCCACCCAUCAGUAGCCAUGGCUUGGCCCCGGCCUAUCCUGCGCCCACCACCUGCCCUGCCCCUCCUGCCCGAGCUGCCCGGCUCCCUACCCUCUCCCUCCUUCCUCUCUCUAGUGUGUGUGAAAAAGUCUCCUCCUUUCCUCUGCUCCACCCUCCCGUUGCAGCCAUGGAGUUUGCCUAGUUGUGCCCGUUGAGUACUAGUAGCCUCCUCGAGACCUUCAGAUCUGCGCCUCCUAGUUCCAGUUCUUCGACACAAAGCCGUCCAGAUGGACACCGUGACGCCCGCGCCCCUGCAAGCUGCCGCCGGAGCCGGCGACGCCGCCGUCUUGGAGAAGCUGCUCGCCGCCGCCGUCGCCGAGGGUCCUAUCUGUGGUAUGCCUGACUUCAAGAUGAGUGGAAAGAAGAGUGACGAGCUUGAACCAACUGAUGCUGGUGAUGAAGAUGACGGUGGUGACGAUGGGGACGAGGAUGGUGACUUUGGGGAGGGUGAAGAGGACAUCUCAGAAGGAGAGGGAUAUGAUAACCCAAAGGCCAAUGAGAACAAGAAGAAACAAAGAGGUGAUGCUGAGGAAAAUGGUGAGGAAGCUGAGGAAGAGCCAGAAGACCAGGAGGGUGGUGGUGGCGAUGAUGAUGAUGAUGACGACGACGACGAUGACGAUGAUGGCGGUGAAGAUGAUGACGACGAUGACGGUGGUGAAGAUGACGACGAUGCUGUAGAUGGGGAAGAUGAGGACCAAGACGAGGAUGAGGAGGAAGAUGAUGACGAAGACUCACUCCAGCCCCCAAAGAAGAGGAAGAAGUGAAGAUCUUCGAUCCGGCAGUAGUUACCAUGCGCUGAGUCCUGGCUCUCUUUCGGUCCUGUCCUCGCAUUCGCAUUCGAACUUUCCUUUAGAGUUAAGAAGGCUCCACACGUUCUGCGGCACGUGUGGGCGUGUAGGUGCUUUAUGAUUUGAGGCAAUUAGGGAGAACUCUGUGUCGUUGUUGCUUGCUUCUGUGGAGGUGAACAGAUGUUUCGCUAACAUAAUUCAACCUGCGUGAUGAAAGCCUCAAGAUUGAAUAUGCCAUCUCUUUUACCUCGUA